GUCAUUAUUGUGCGCCGAGUAUUAUUGAAUAGCGCAACCGAAAAGAAAAACACGAUUCUGUGCUGUGAUUUUUAUUUGAUUUUUUUAAUACGUGUAUAAUAUAUUGAGUUACAUUUAAAAGCUGUCUUCUUAUUUUGUGUACUUAAUAUUUGGCUUCUGGUAUGUAGUCGCCGCUGUCUGACAAAUAAAAUCGAGCUUCCAAGUGGAAGCGAGCAGCUUCUUCCUGUCUCAGUUGUUGGAAUCAUGACAACUCUAACGAGGCAAGAUCUCAAUUUUGGACAAGUGGUUGCUGACAUUUUGUGUGAAUUCCUGGAAGUUGCCAUUCACCUCAUCCUGUAUGUCCGUGAAGUGUAUCCGUCUGGAAUAUUUCAGAAGCGAAAGAAGUACAAUGUCCCUGUGCAGAUGUCAUGUCACCCUGAGCUGAACCAGUACAUCCAAGAUACACUUCACUGUAUAAAGCCGCUUAUUGAGAAGAAUGAUGCUGAGAAAGUGGUUGUCGUCAUUAUGGACAAGGAACAUCAUCCAGUCGAGAGAUUUGUUUUUGAGAUAUCUCAACCGCCGUUGCUUUCUAUUAGCUCUGACACAUUACUGUCUCAUGUGGAGCAGUUGCUCAGGGCGUUCAUUUUGAAGAUCAGCGUGUGUGACGCUGUCUUAAAUAAUAAUCCACCAGAGUGUUCAUUCACAGUAUUAGUUCACACGAGAAACUCCGCCAUGCGCAACAUGGAGAAAGUUCAAGUCAUAAAGGAUUUCCCAUGGAUAGUUGCUGAUGAGCAGGAGGUCCACAUGCAGGAGCCCAGACUCAUCCCGCUGAAAACCUUGACGUCCGACAUAGUGAAGAUGCAGCUAUACGUUGAGGAGCGAGCCCAGAAGAUGUAGCAGGAAUGAAUGACACAGAAAAAAAGUUGAUGGUAGAGCUGUCAAGAAUGAAAUGUUCCACAGGUAUAUCAAAAUUUUUCACCAACUUUAUUUAGCCAAGGCGAGUGCAUGAAAAAAAAAAACCAACAACAAUAAUUCACAACCAAACAAAAAUGUCACACAAUUU